CCGAUGCCAAAAUUGGGGAUCACUACGGAGAAAGACUUCAAGCUGAAGAUUGAAGCUGAGGUGGCUUUACUCUCGAAACUACACCACGUAAGCUUCUUUAUUCUGUCUCUGAGUUACAGUUUGCGCUAAUGACUUGUUAGGAUCAUAUCCUCCAAUACCUGUGCUCCCAAGGUUGGUCUACAGGACAUGAUAUCAACAUCUUCCAACCAGUUUGCGAAGAGAGCUUUGACCGGCAGAUUGCAAACUUCAAAUCCCAAGAGGAGAGGCAGACCACGACGAUGACAAUGUUCCGCCAGAUUUCCCUUGGACUGCAUUACAUACACACGUACGAUCCGCCCAUCAUACAUCGAGAUGUAAAGCCUUCGAAUAUAAUGCGACGUCUUGGGAAAUACCUCCUCGGUGAUUUUGGCAUCGCCAAGACCGUCGACAACUCGCAUACUUUAGUCGGGACAAACUCCUACAUGGCGCCGGAGCUUUGGCAGGGAGGUGACCAGACAACAGAACUUGAUAUAUAUGGGCUUGGUGCGACUGUCAUUGAGGCUUUGGACGGAUUUCCGGACCUGGCAAAGCGGCCCGCUACAUGGCAGCAAUGGCACCAUUUUCUCCAGAUCCGUGCAAAUGAGCAUCCUAUUGCAUCGAUGCUCGCCAGGAGUCCUGACGAGCGUCCAACUGCGCAUCAGAUCGUCCGCACCUUCUUUCCCGACGAGCUUCCUCCAAUGGGAUGGACACGGAUAGGGUCGACGGGGUUAUUCCCGAAAAUUCCUCGACCGACUCCACGAAAAGGGGUCGUUUCCAGACGACACAAGCAACCAGAUGUCACACGCACAAAGCCUGCCAAGUCUGCAAACCAGAAACGAAAGAAAAGUCGUGCGAGGUCUCAAUCUGCAGGGGUGCCAAACUCAAGAUCGAAGAGCGUCCGAGCUAAGGUACACGAAAUGAGAGGCGCGGGGAAGGACCUUCGGAAAGGACGGGGAGAUGGAGAUGUGGCAACUGAAACUCGAGAUUGUACGUCGUCUGAAUCCUAAGCAGAGGAUGGAUUCGACGAGCACAAACCUCACGCGUAUUAUAGCCGUGAACGAGCCGAUUCAGAUAUGGCAAAUGUGCUGCGAUCCCGAAGCCGCUAGCUACUAUGAGAAUGUUCUCGCAGUCGUAUUUUUGUCUCAUUGGCUACGCACACGGACGCGUCUCUCCUGUUCCCCCGGUCGCC